CAAAAUGAGCUCCUCCCUAUUUUGUUUUUAUGCCAUAUUUGCCUUCAUCUGCAAAGCUUCCUUCUCCCUGCCCGGAAAUGUUUCUGAUCACCAAGCAUUGCUUUCAUUCAAGGCCAACAUGAUCGGAGAUUCUCUUCGAUCAUGGAAUGAGUCUACCCAUUUCUGUAAUUGGGUUGGAAUAAGUUGUGGUCGCAAACACCAACGAGUUGUAACAAUCCAUUUGAAGUCGAGCAACCUUCAAGGCUCUUUGUCCCCUGCAAUUGGAAACUUGAGUUUUCUUAGAGAGUUGUGGCUAAACAACAACACUCUAUCAGGUAUAAUUCCUAAAGAGAUGGGUAGACUUAGAAGAUUAAGUAUGUUGGUUCUGGAAAGUAAUGUAUUUUCAGGUGAAAUUCCAAAAAACCUUUCACAUUGUGUUAGUCUAACAUAUUUUUAUUUGGGAAAGAAUAAUCUAACGGGUACAUUUCCUUUGGAGUUUCGAUCACUGUCCAAACUUGAGUACCUUGGGGUUUUCAGAAACCACUUGAUGGGAGAGAUACCUGCUUACAUCGGCAAUUUUUCAUCACUCAAGGUACUUUCUUUCGGUGAAAAUAAUUUAAAGGGAAAAAUUCCUACAUCUUUUGGAAGCCUGCAGAUACUUUUUAAACUUUUAGUAUACACUAACUACCUGACUUCUACGAUUCCCAUAUCCAUUUUCAAUCUGUCAUCAUUGGAAGAUUUUGAUGUACAAGAAACCAAACUUGAGGGAUAUCUUCCUACAAAUUUAGGCUCUACCCUUCCAAAUCUAAAGUAUUUUCAUAUUGGUUAUAAUCUUUUAAGAGGACGACUUCCUAUCUCAAUGUCAAAUGCCACAGCACUGUGGCUUUUUGAUGUUCGUCAUAAUGAUUUUUAUGGAGGGGUACCGUCAUUUAAUGGACUUAAAAGACUACAAUUUCUUUCACUUUAUGACAAUCUGCUUGGUAAUGGAAAAUCCACUGAUUUGGAUUUCAUGUCAUCUCUUCUCAAUAGUACUGCUACAUUAGGGACCCUGUAUCUUGCUUAUUGCAAUUUUGGAGGGGUUUUGCCCAGAUUCAUAGCAAACUUUUCAAAUCUUGAGGAUCUUCAAUUACAUGAAAAUGUCAUAGGAGGAUAUCUUCCAAGUGAAAUUCAUCUUCUUGUUAACUUACAAUGCCUAAGCUUAUCAGAAAACCAGCUAGGCGGUACUAUUCCAAGCUCAUGGGGAAGCCUUCAACAACUCAUUGGUUUAUACCUUGAAGGAAACAAAUUGUUUGGUGAGAUUCCAAUUUCAUUGGGAAAUCUGUCCAUUCUUAGUGAGCUUUUCCUACAAUUCAAUGAGUUGCAAGGUAGUAUACCGAUAAGUUUUGAAAAUUUUAAGUAUUUGUUAGCAUUAGAUCUUUCCAGAAACAAAUUCCAAGGAAAUUUUCCCAAACUUAUCUUUACAUCACUUGUGUAUUUAGACCUCUCUCACAAUCACUUUACAGGUCCUCUUCCUGUAGAGAUUGGUGGGUUCAAAAAUUUGCUGUCACUGAACCUCUCAAACAACAUGUUCUUAGGCACACUUCCAAGUACCAUUGGUGCACUGAGUAGCUUGAUUGAACUCAACAUCAGUCAUAAUCUAUUCCAUGGAUUUAUCCUUCCUUCUUUCAGUUCUUUAAAAAGCCUAGAAAUUUUAGAUCUAUCUUGUAAUAACCUCACAGGAAAAAUACCAGAAUUUCUAGGUGAACUUCAGUACUUGAAGCGGUUGAAUUUAUCAUUUAACCAUUUGGAAGGCGAGAUACCUACAGAAGGGAUUUUUAAACACAAGGCUGAAGUUGAGCUUUGGGACUUUGAUUCUGCUGAUAAUUGCGGCUCUCAUUGUGUUCAUUUACAAGAAGAAGAAAAAGCAGCCUUUAACGUUGGAUGCAACGACAGAGCUCAUGCCUAA